GUCCGCUCGCUUGCUCCUGUUCACAUCUUUUGUAGUUGGAUCAAGUCUUCACCCUCUUUCGAUUUUAUCGUGCUCUGACAUCCAGUCAUCUCUUUCGCCAUGGAUCCCACACCUGACACCGGUGUCAAUGUGGAGGAGCGCCUACCCCCCGUCACUCUCAUCACUCAGGACUCGUCCACUGAGCCGAUCAGAGAGACCACCGUGACGGUCAAUGCGGCGGACGAAGACCUCUCAACUCCUCCCACAGACACCUCACUCUCGAGUGCACCCUCCGAACCCCAGUCUUUAGAACUACAACCCGAUUCUCGGGAGGAUUCACAUCGGGAGGAAGCACAAGCUCCGGUGCAAGCCGACCCAGUAUCGGCUGUCCGUCCGCCGCAGCCCGAACUCGAACACGCUUAUUGGGCAGAUAUCGAGGAGGAUCUGUCGGUGCCGGACGAUGCUGAAAUGAAGGAAAUAGAAUCGGCAGCCGAUGGCGAUUACAGUGCUUACGAGUAUGACUACUGGGAGAAGAAUUUCCACCCAGACCUUGAUGAUCCCGAAUACCGUCCGGUGGAAAAGGCUCGCAUGACAUGGAAAAUCAAGGGUGUGCGAGGCACUCCAGACUCCCCGAACCGGGCCAAAAUCAUGCGUUCCCCGCCUGCCUACAUGGGAGGUUAUUGGUGGACCAUCAAGUUCUUCCCUCGUGGGAACAACGUCGGUUCACUGAGUAUCUACAUCGAGUGUUCCCCGACGAUGCCCACUCCCGACAAGAAUUUGCCUGAGUGUGACUUCAAAGUAAUUCACGGCCCGGCCGAUGCGCCUUUAGAUGUCAACACCCCGGAUGUUGACACGACGUUCACUCCGACCGACGACACGGCGACUUGGUUGGAGAAUUUCAAGGCCCACUAUCCUCCUGCGGCCAACCAGGCCGGAUCCUCCAACAAGUCCUGGAGAGUCUCGGCCCAAAUUGGCGUCAUUCUCUAUAAUCCAGACGAACCGCGGACCGGGUGGAUGCAAUCGUCGUGCCAUCAGUUCAACCCACACAAUCUUGACUGGGGCUGGACUAACUUUCACGGCCCGUGGGACCAGAUCCACCGCCGGCAGCGGGGCCAACGCCAGGCACUUCUCCGCAAUGACACCCUGGCGUUCGAUGCGUAUAUCCGCAUCGUUGACGAUCCCACGCGCUCGCUCUGGUGGCAUGCCAGUGACACCGAGCCGACCUGGGACAGUCUGAGCCUGACAGGCUAUCGGCCCUUGGGUGACUCCGUCAUCAACCAUAGCGCAGAGGUCGCGGGGCUGGCUACUUGGGUACACCUGGCUCCGUUCUGCAAGAUCAUUCAGAAUGCCAAUGUGCUUGAGCACCUCAACAGCUGUGACGUCAAACCUAAGCCACUGUGCGAUGCACUGCAGAAGUUCUUGUGGCAGUUGCGUUCUCGGGGCCAGUCUCUACAGUAUGUGGAUACUGACAUGAUCACCUCGACCUUGCGGAAUCUGCAUGAGUAUUCGGGGGAUGUGUGUGAGUUCUGGGAACGGCUGCGCCGUACCCUUGAGAUUGAACUUGCAGGCACAGAUGCAGUGAAUGAACUUGCCAAGCUGUUCGACAGCCCCUCCCUCGACUCGCUUCCCGCGGAAGCCCAAGGUCAAGAUGUGAUUAAUACCGUCCCUAAAGACUACAACUCGCGCAUCUGCGUGCCCGCGGACCAGGCGAAGACGACGAGCGAAGCUUUUAGCUGGUACCUAGGUGCGAAGCCCGGACGCUGGGUACUUCCACCUGUUCUUCAUCUUGAACUGGGCCGCCAGAAGUUGGACAAGGCAGCUCGCCAGUGGCGGUUGCUCUACAAUCGGGUGGAGCUGGACGAGGAGCUGGACCUGACGCCAUGGCUGCUGGACGGCCAGUGCGGCAAAUACGUCCUUUACGGCUACAUCGUCCACCGUGGUCGGCGCACCUCGGGGAAGUUCUUUAGCAUCCUCCGACCUGGUGGUCCCGGAACCAGGUGGCUCGCCUUCGAUGAUGGCAGCGACAACCGUGUUGAAUGCCUGACUCGCAAGACAGCUCUGGGACCCCAUCUUGGUCUUGACGCUUCACAAAAGGUUGACCACAAGACUGGCCAUGAUGUCGCCAUUGCUGCCAUGUACAUUCGGACCGAUCUUGUCCAGGAAUUCUUGCCUGGUCCACAAGGGCCAUGGGAUGCUCCUGAAAGUCUAAAGGAGUACUACGAAACAGGCAUCUAUCCUGUGCAUUCGGAACCCAGGCCCGUGGAGGACGAGAUUCAAGUGGAAGUCUACUCGCUACCCAAGUACGAUCAGCUGGGCAGCUUGUUCGAUACGUAUGAUCUGAUGACGCAGUCAAAGGCCGAAAAUAGUGUCAUGUACCUGACUGUCCCUCGGUCGUCCAACUAUGUCGAUCUUCGCAAGAAGAUUGCGAUGUGGGCAUCUGCAAAGUCUGGCGAAAGUUCCUGUGCAGAGCAUGUUCGUCUGUGGCAGAUUGGUCACACUCGUGACCAGUUUGGCCCUACGCUGGCAUUUGCUCGUAUCUCAGAUUUGACAAGUACCCUGAACUUCCCUUUGAAGACCGCUCGUUUCUGGAUGCAGAUUGUUUCCGAUGAGAAUGCCAAGUUUUUCGCCAUUGCGGAUCCACCACAGGCGAUCGAAAUCCAAUCGAAGCCUGAAGAGGCUGUGGUUGAGCGCGCUGGCUCGGAAUCCUCGGAGGACAGACUGUCUCUUCCCGAAGGUGACGCCGCCCGGGCAAGCUCAUCCGGAACGGUCCCGGAGAACACCCUGGAGCCAGCCUUUGUGUCCCACAUUGAAGUGGUCUCUCAAGACCCUGUGCCUGCAAGGCUGAGCAGUAGCGAUGAGCAUGCUCCGGGCAAUUCCGAGAAUGAUGCAGUGAUCGCUGCCAUCAUCGCGGAAGAUAUCCAGCAGAUGGACACCGACCGAAACCCCGAUGCAGUGCCGCCCGCUAUUGAGGAGCCCAGUGAAACCUUGUCCCCUGAGGCCGAGCCUGAGGUCAACCCGAUUGCAGACGCGCCCGCUCCCUCAGUCGAGUCUGAGAUCACUCAGCCGGUCGACCACGUCUACUACUUCAUUCAGAAGUUCGAUAUAGAUGCCCAGGCCCUACGGACGGUUGGAUCUUUCUUCUCCAAAAAAGAAGAGAAUAUCAAAACUGCCGUCAGGAGGCACUUGAAGUUGCCCCCUAUGAAGGACUUCCAAAUCUGGCAGCGUGUGGAUGGCACCACCGUGACAACAAUGUCCUCUGGCGAAACAUUCGAGGUCUAUGUCCCCGAUGGUACAUGCUUCAUCGUCGGUGACAAGUUGACCAAGGACAGACGUUCUCAACUCAACGUGGCCGGUCUCUUUGGCAACCCCGAUCAGAUGGUCCGUUACCUGUGGGCUGAAUCACGCAACCACCCCACCCGUGCCUUUUCCGGCUUCAAAACUGUUGAUGCUACAUUCACAAACGAAUACUAUAGCGGGGAGUUCAAGAAGGGUUACUUCCACGGAAAGGGUAAACACAUCUCCGACCUCGCGGCCACCUACGUGGGAGAUUUCGUUCUCGGGAAGCGGCACGGAAAUGGCUUCAUGGAGUACCCGACCGGAGACACCUACGAUGGCGACUGGUUCGAGGGCAUCUGCCACGGACAGGGCACCUAUGUCGAGCGCAAGACCGGCAACAAAUAUGUCGGCGGUUACAAGGACGGCAAGCGCCACGGCAAGGGUAUCAGCUACUGGGAAGUCGCCGACGAAGAAAUGGAUCUGUGUCAGAUCUGCUACGGCGAGGAACAAGACGCUUUGUUCUAUGACUGCGGUCACGUCUGUGCGUGCGUCACCUGCGCUCGACAGGUUGAUCUGUGCCCGAUUUGCCGGAAGAGCAUCGUCAGCGUGGUCAAGAUCUACCGCACAUAGAGUAUACAUGGGACAAUCCUCUGCUGUUCGAUCGACGCGUGAGAUGGCUCGCCAAGGAACAUUCACGUCCCAUUAUUUGACUUUAAAUUAAUCUUGCAUCGGAGAAUAUAUCAUACCCAGGAUGUUGCAAAGACGGAGUGUUUGGUUGAAUUUGGUUAUCAGAAGCAACGUUCACAGAUUUGAUUGGAGUUUUAGAUAUGUUGUUUAUUUCGCUUCUCUACCUUUACCUACCUUGCAGCAAUAAGAACAUAUACAGCUGAAUUGAAGGGCACUGGCCAUAUUUUAUACAACCUACUGUGGCUCCUUAGUGGCAAAGAUUACUUCCAAGACAAUGAUACUUCUUCAAUAUAAGUCGAGUCAUACAUACACAAAAAACCCAGGAAACAACCACCCUACAUGAGCACACGCUCUCAACCAA